GAACAAUAACCAGAACCCAAAAAGUUGAGAUAUUUUUGCCUUUGAAUCCAACUAUAUAUAAUACAUAUACAUAUGUAUGUGCCCGUAUAUAUUCUGGGUAUGGUACGGUUUGACUUUACAGUGCUGACAGAAGUAGUGGAGUACAAAGAAGCCUUGGAAAAGAGAAAAUCUGAUUGGUUAGCUUGUGGGUCCUACUCUUGUUGGAGGAGAUUCUUCAUGCUCAUACCCUGAGAUCAUAAUAUAGGAAAAUAUACCCAGAACCAAGAGGAGAGCUCAGCUAGUUGCAUUAAUACUCGUGAACGGUGGUCAUAUCACUAUGUGGGAAGAGAAUUCUGCUUUGUUUUCUAUUUUUGACAUAUGUGGUUGUGUUUUUAUCACGAGCGAGGAACAGAAAAACCAUGCUUUUUAUUUUUUCAGUCAACAGAACCAAAUCUGUGUGAUGCUUGCUGAAUGCUUGUGACUUUCGAUUUAGAGUUCGCUAAUAGUACACAGACAGACAUACCCAUCUGGGAUUUUUGCGACAAUCUUCAUAAAUUGGCAAAAACAAAUUUUUCUUGACGAUGUUUCUGCGACUCGGACAGACUGGGUUUUUGGACACUGGCAAAAGGAAUACUUCCUGGAAGUUCCUCUUUUUGUUUUUCAUCUUUACUGUGCUUUUGUGUUUCGGAUCAUGAUAGUCUUUCAAAUUGGGAUUUCAUAGGCUCUUUUACAAGCAAAAACUCCUCGUAUGGAAGGCGGUGGCUUUACACCCGAUUCUUCUUUCGGGACUUUUCCGGAUACUGCCAUGGAUUUGGAUUUCAUGGAUGAACUCUUGUUCGACGGAUGCUGGUUAGAGACUAUGGAUGGGAACAAUUUUAUGCAGUCGGGCUCUUCAUUUUCUGCCGCCAUGAAUGAACCUUCACAGUUUUUGCGCCUCUCAAAGCCCAAUACUGCCGAUUUGGGUGGGAAUCUACGUGGAGAAAUCUAUAGAGAUGACAAGGAAAGAAGGCUUGGUCUUCCUCCUACUUAUCCAAAAAUAGAAGAGCUUGUUGAAACUCAAUCUCAAAACGACAAGGGUGUUGAAAAUGCCACAUUUUCAGCACAAUCUGAGAGUUUUCUUGUUCAAGGCACUGAAGUUAGCAGAAGAUAUUGGAUAAGUCCAAAUUCUCCUUCCUCGGUGAAAGACAGAUUAAUGCAGGCUAUUGGAUACCUGAAAGAUUUAAUGGAAGAAAGGGACUUUCUCAUUCAAAUAUGGGUGCCAGUCAAGAGAGGAGGUAAACAUGUCCUUACCACUGAGGAACAGCCCUUCUCUUUCAAUCCAAAAUACAAGAGUCUUGAGAUAUACAGAGAUGUUUCCAAAAGUUAUAGCUUUCCAGCUGAGGAGGACUCCAAGGACUCAGUUGGGUUGCCGGGUCGGGUUUUCCUGGGGAAGUUGCCUGAAUGGACUCCUGAUGUUCGGUUCUUCAGAAAGGAUGAAUACCCACGUAUUAAAUUUGCCCAGCAGUGUGAUGUCCGUGGGUCCCUUGCCCUUCCUGUUUUUGAGAGAGGCAGUGGGACUUGCUUGGGUGUUGUUGAGAUUGUCACAACUACUCAGAAGAUCAAUUAUCGCCCUGAACUUGAAAAUGUUUGCAAAGCUCUUGAGGCUGUUGAUCUAAGGAGUUCACAUAAUUUCAGCCCUCCAAGUGUCGAGGUGUACAAUGAGUUAUACCAAGCUGCAUUGCCUGAGAUAGCCGAGGUUUUGGAAUCUGUCUGCAAACCACACAGAUUGCCUUUAGCUCUGACAUGGGCACCGUGCCUCCAACAAUCUAAACCUGGAUGCCGGCAUUCUGAUGAAAACUAUUCUCAGUGUGUUUCCACACUGGAUUCAGCUUGUAUUGUCGCUGACGAAGAUACUCGUGGCUUUCUUGAAGCAUGCUCUGAGCACCAUCUGCUUCUAGGUCAGGGAAUUGUUGGAAGAGCAUUCAAAACAAGCAAACAAUGUUUUGCAACUAAUAUAACCUACUUUAGCAAGACAAAUUAUCCUCUUGCACACCAUGCUAGGAUGCUUAAGUUGCAUGCUGCUUUAGCAAUUCCAUUGCGAAGUGUGUAUACUGGAUCAGUUGAGUUUGUCCUGGAGUUAUUCCUUCCAAAGGAUUGCCUUGACGACGAAGAAAAGAAGCAGAUGCUGAACUUGUUGUCUGCUGUUGUACAACAGAAUUUUCGAAGCAUUCAUGUUACCAUGGACAAGGAGCUUGAGGAAGAAGUCAUAUUGCCGGUUAGAGAGAUAACACUUGCUCCAGAUGCGAUAGUUAAAGAAGACUCUUCAAAUUUUGUAUCUUCACAUUUGCAAGAAACAACACCAGAAGAGUCAACCUGGAUUGCACACAUGAUGGAGGCCCAACAGAAGGGUAAAGGCGUUUCUCUCUCGUGGGAGUAUCAGAAAGAAGAACCAAAAGAAGGAUUCAACUUGACAACCCAUUGGGAUGAUAGUCAGGUAGAAUUAUACCAUAAGCAGGUAUUUUCAGGAUUUGAGCAAAUUCCACAAAGUUCUGGACCAAGAAGUAGUGCUGAUGCUGGUGGGGGAUCCUCUUCUUCUGGUGGUCGUCGAACAUCAGGCAAUAGAAAGACAGGUGAGAAGAGGCGGACCAAAUCGGAGAAGACCAUCAGCUUGCAAGUUCUGAGGCAAUAUUUUGCAGGGAGCCUUAAGGAUGCAGCUAAGAGUAUUGGUGGUAAGAAAAUAUUUUUGCAAAAACUUAAAAAUUGUUUUUUUUUUCUUUGUCAAUGUUGAAAUGAUUUACUGAUUACAAACUGAGAGAUUAAUACUUAAGGGCUCAAAAACUUUUGUUAAUGGAAUAUAAUUGGAUUUGUUUAUAAGGUAUAGUUCUAAUCAUUAAUCAAUUCAUAGUCUCUUUGAUCACUGCAGUUAUCUUGAUUUUAUUGUUGGUUAUUGUGAGCAGAAAGAAAUACUGCAUCUUUUAUUGAAGUUGGAUGUAUGCAUUUUUUUAAUCAAACAGAAUAUAUUUCCCUGGAAGCUGUGUAUGCUUUGGUUUCUAUUAAUUGCCAUGGAUCAUAAAUUCCAAAUGAGAACAGAUCCUUUCUUCUUCUCCGUUCAGAUUUUUUCUCUUAUCCCUUAUUCAGAUUCAUUUGGGUUGCACAUUCUUGAGACUCCUAAAAAUUAUCUUUGUUGGAGGGAUGUU